AUGCAGGAUGUUGGCAAUAUAAGCAGAGUGGCAGUGGUGCAUGAAACAAGACAGCUGCUGGCAGGGCUAGUGCACGGUGUAUCACGCAGUUCUACGUCACUAGUGAAGAGUGUCAGUUCUACAUCACUAGUGAAGAGUGUCAUUCAGUUCUACAUCACUAGUGAAGAGUUACUUAGUUCUACACUCGCUGCCUCUCACUUUCAACCAAGUACUGGGUUGAUCAUGAAGGUGAUAUUCACUAUAAUGACAGCUUGUCUAGCAGUGCAGGUCGCUGCCUCUACAAUCUCAAGGCGAUCCACGGACUCUACUGGCACCCUGGACACAAGUUCCAGUAUUGUUAUGCCAGGUAGGCACCAGUUAACCCCUAAGAGGCAGGCAUCUCACAGCACUGCAGCAGCCACUGCUAAGAAACUUCCUGAGCAAGGUGAUCCCAUCGGUGGCUCCAUCGUGUUUAGUGAGUCAGAGUUAGUAUCUGCAGGAGGCAAGAGUAUAGUCAAGUCUGUCUCCAGCAACAACGCAACUCAGACACCCUCAGUCUUUUUCCCAGGAGAAAAGAGAGGCACUAACAAUGCCGGCAUCGUGUUUCCUACAGAGACCACAAUCAAUACUGUGUCAAACAGAGGUACUUGUUCAAUGGAAUAUGCAAGUACGAUGGUGAACGGUGUGUGCGAGCGCUUCUUGACACAAGGUCAAUGUGCACAGGGUGAGUGGUUGCUACUGCGUGAAGCAGGACCAGUGUGUGUACCUCGACCUUGUCCCUUCGGGCAGCUCUUCUACAAUAAACGAUGUGUCAACGUAACAGACGUCUCCGUGUGUAGAGAAGGACAAAUGCUGUACGUUGAUUUCUCCGGUUUCAGCAUGUGUGACUGCGAGCCCGGGUAUAUUUAUGACGCACUCAGCGGUAAAUGCUAUGCUCGCCAUGAUAAGGGACCCUGUGGCUUCGGCGAGUACGUGGAGAUGUCGGUGACAGGUGAACUAGACUGUGUCCCCAGCCCGUGUCGUUUAGACGGUUUCGUGAAAGAUAGCGUCACUAAGCGUUGUUACCGCAAGACGUACCGCGGCUUCUGCGAAGAUAACAUCAUUUUUCACCGUGAGAACAAUACAGCCGAGUGUCCAUUCGUUGAUAUAAGAAAUAUUUUGGAUGUGGUCACCCUGCGAGCAUGUCCUCCUGGCUCCCUCCGUGAUUUUCUAAACGAGUGCCGCCAGCAAUUCAUCAUCCCUGGUUCCACCUCCUCGUCUGCUUUUAACAACAGAUGUAGUGGUGGCUUCGUCAUGGACUCCAGAGGAACAUGUCGCCGCGCCACCAAGUUACUAGGUUGAGACAACACUUUAGCCGUGUUGAGGCUUAUGUACGUGGCGGUAGUGGCGUUUAGAGACCUAGGCAGGUACCGCCCACUGCCUGUAAAAGACCACUGGUACCUCUGUGUGCGUAUUUCGAACUGUGUACAAGAAACUCUUGGUACUUUCAACAGCUCUUUUCAAAGAUGUUUCUCGUGACUCCUCUGCCUAUAUGUGUGUGAGUUGAAGAUCUCGGUACUUCCAGCCUGCAAGAUGUAGGUUCCUGGGUACCUAGUGCUGGGUAUGGUUCCUUUAGCUCUGCACGAUGUAGGUUCCUGGGUACCUAGUGCUGGGUAUGGUUCAUCUAGCCCUACACGAUGUAGGUUCCUGGGUGCCUAGUGCUGGGUAUGGUUCCACAAUCACCCAUAACAAGGUGAACUACGAGAGUCAGUCUCAACUCUGCUAUCAACAGUGUUGUUAAUGAUUCGCUACAAUUAUGACUUAUUGUUAAUUAUAAUUUGUGUAACAAAAUUGGAGUUAAUAAUAAUUAACAUUAUUAUUAUUAUUAUUAUUAUUAUUAUUAUUAUUA